GAGCCCAGGCCACUGCGGCCAGGAUGGGCCGGAAGGUGACCGUGGCCACCUGCGCGCUCAACCAAUGGGCCCUGGACUUCGAGGGCAAUUUGCAGAGGAUUUUAAAGAGUAUUGAAAUUGCCAAACGCAAAGGAGCAAGAUACAGGCUGGGACCAGAACUGGAAAUAUGUGGCUACGGGUGUUGGGAUCAUUACUACGAGUCGGACACCCUCUUGCAUUCGCUCCAAGUCCUGGCUGCCCUUCUGGAAUCUCCGGUCACUCAGGAUAUCAUCUGUGACGUGGGACUGCCUGUCAUGCACCGGAAUGUCCGCUACAACUGCAGGGUGAUAUUUCUCAACAGGAAGAUCCUGCUCAUCAGACCCAAAAUGGCCUUGGCCAACGAAGGCAACUACCGGGAACUGCGCUGGUUCACCCCAUGGUCACGGAACCGGCAGACAGAGGAGUAUUUUCUCCCCCGGAUGAUACAGGACGUGACAAAGCAGGAGACUGUGCCCUUUGGAGACGCAGUACUGGCCACCUGGGACACCUGCAUCGGGAGCGAGAUCUGCGAGGAGCUCUGGACGCCCCACAGCCCACAUGUGGACAUGGGUCUGGACGGCGUGGAGAUCUUCACCAACGCCUCGGGCAGCCACCACGUGCUGCGCAAAGCCCACGCCAGGGUGGAUCUGGUGACCAUGGCCACCACCAAGAACGGGGGGAUCUACCUGCUGGCCAAUCAGAAGGGCUGUGACGGGGACCGGCUCUACUACGAUGGCUGCGCCCUGAUCGCGAUGAACGGCCGCAUUUUCGCGCAGGGGGCCCAGUUCUCCCUGGACGACGUGGAAGUCCUCACCGCGACGUUGGAUUUGGAGGACGUCCGAAGCUACAGGGCGGAGAUUUCAUCUCGCAACCUGGCGGCCAGCAAGGUGAGCCCCUACCCCCGCGUGAAGGUGGACUUCGCCCUCUCGUGCCACGACGACCUGCUGGAGCCGCCGUCAGAGCCCGUCGAGUGGAAGUACCACAGUCCCGCUGAGGAGAUCAGCCUCGGACCUGCGUGCUGGCUCUGGGACUUUCUGAGACGCAGCCGGCAGGCCGGGUUUUUCUUGCCCUUGAGCGGCGGGGUGGACAGCGCGGCCACCGCCUGCCUCGUCUACUCCAUGUGCCACCAGGUCUGCGAGGCCGUGAAGCAUGGAAACCAGGAAGUGCUGGCUGACGUCCGGGUCAUCGUGGACCAGCUCAGCUACACCCCCCAGGACCCCCGGGAGCUCUGCGGGCGUGUGCUGACCACCUGCUACAUGGCCAGUGAGAACUCGUCCCAGGAGACGUGUGACAGAGCCCGGGAGCUGGCCCGGCAAAUCGGAAGCCACCACGUCGGGCUCAACAUCGACCCAGCGGUGAAGGCCGUCAUGGGCAUCUUCAGCCUGGUGACGGGUAAAAGGCCUCUGUUCGCGGUUCACGGAGGAAGCAGCAGGGAGAACCUGGCCCUGCAGAAUGUGCAGGCUCGGCUAAGGAUGGUCGUGGCCUAUCUCUUUGCUCAGCUGAGCCUCUGGGCCCGGGGCGCUCACGGUGGACUGCUGGUGCUUGGAUCGGCCAACGUGGAUGAGAGUCUCCUCGGCUACCUGACCAAGUAUGACUGCUCCAGUGCGGACAUCAACCCCAUCGGUGGCAUCAGCAAGACGGACCUGAAGACCUUCGUCCAGUUCUGCCUGGAGCGCUUCCAGCUCCCUGCCCUGCAGGGCAUCCUGGCAGCACCAGCCACCGCAGAGCUGGAGCCCUUGACCGAUGGACGGGUGUCCCAGACAGAUGAGGGGGACAUGGGCAUGACGUACGCGGAGCUGUCCGUCUACGGCAGGCUCCGGAAGAUCGCCAAGGCUGGGCCCUACAGCAUGUUCUGCAAGCUCGUCACCAUGUGGAGAGACAUGUGUUCCCCGCGGCAGGUGGCCGACGGAGUGAGGCGCUUUUUCUCCAAGUACGCUGCAAACAGACACAAAAUGACCACGCUCACACCCGCAUACCACGCGGAGAGCUACGGCCCCGACGACAACAGGUUCGAUCUGCGGCCGUUUCUGUACCGCGCCGGCUGGCCCUGGCAGUUCCGGUGCAUAGAGGAUGCGGUUCUCCAGCUCGAGAGCAGAGGCCGUCAGGACCUGGAUGGUGUUGACUGA